AUGACUUCGCCAAAUACACGGAGCACAAGAAGCCCAGUCUACUUGCCUCUGAUAUAUUCCCAGAAAAUGACGGCGUGGAUGCUGCUCUUGCUCUUGCUCUACCCUGGUCUCACUAGCCAAAAAUCUGAUGAUGACUAUGAAGAUUAUGCUUCUAAUAAAACAUGGGUCUUGACUCCAAAAGUUCCUGAGGGUGAUGUCACUGUCAUCUUAAACAACCUGCUGGAAGGAUAUGACAAUAAACUUCGACCUGACAUAGGAGUGAAACCAACCUUAAUUCACACAGACAUGUACGUGAAUAGCAUUGGUCCAGUGAACGCUAUAAAUAUGGAAUACACGAUUGAUAUAUUUUUUGCUCAAACAUGGUAUGACAGACGUCUGAAAUUUAACAGCACCAUUAAAGUCCUUCGAUUAAAUAGCAACAUGGUGGGGAAAAUCUGGAUUCCAGACACUUUCUUCAGAAACUCCAAAAAGGCUGAUGCACAUUGGAUAACUACUCCCAAUAGGAUGCUGAGAAUUUGGAACGACGGGCGAGUACUCUACACUUUAAGGUUGACAAUUGAUGCCGAGUGUCAAUUACAGCUGCACAACUUCCCAAUGGAUGAACAUUCCUGCCCCCUGGAGUUCUCUAGUUAUGGCUAUCCUCGUGAAGAAAUUAUCUAUCAAUGGAAGCGUAACUCUGUUGAAGUGGGUGACACAAGGUCUUGGAGGCUUUAUCAAUUUUCAUUUGUUGGACUGAGAAAUACCACUAAUGUAGUGAAGACAACUUCAGGAGAUUAUGUGAUCAUGGCUGUCUACUUUGAGCUGAGCAGAAGAAUGGGGUACUUCACCAUCCAGACCUACAUCCCUUGCACACUCAUCGUGGUCCUAUCAUGGGUGUCUUUCUGGAUUAAUAAAGAUGCAGUGCCAGCAAGAACAUCUCUAGGUAUCACUACUGUCUUGACAAUGACCACCCUCAGCACCAUUGCCAGGAAAUCGCUCCCCAAGGUCUCAUAUGUCACAGCGAUGGAUCUCUUUGUGUCUGUUUGCUUCAUCUUUGUCUUCUCUGCUUUGGUGGAGUAUGGCACCCUACAUUAUUUUGUUAGCAACCGGAAACCAAGCAAGGAAAAAGACAAAAAGAAGAAAAACCCUCUUCUUCGGAUGUUUUCCUUCAAGGCUCCCACCAUUGAUAUCCGCCCACGAUCAGCAACCAUUCAAAUGAACAACGCUACACAUCUUCAAGAGAGGGAUGAAGAAUAUGGGUAUGAGUGUCUGGAUGGGAAGGACUGCGCCAGCUUCUUCUGCUGUUUUGAAGACUGCCGAACAGGGGCCUGGAGACACGGGAGGAUACAUAUCCGUAUUGCCAAAAUGGACUCCUAUGCUCGGAUCUUCUUUCCCACAGCUUUCUGUUUGUUCAAUCUAGUUUAUUGGGUGUCCUACCUUUACCUGUGAAGAAGAGAGGGUAUUGAUAUGAGUCUUAUCCACUGAAUUUCAUGGAGAGAAGAUGUCAUUUCUAAGUCCACUUAAUAUCCUAUCCAAUAAGGAUAAUUGUGAUCUGAAUUUGUUCUUGUCUUUAUGAGUAAAUUGUACUAAUGUCAUAUUGUCUCGGCCCAACUCUCCUUUGGUUAUUGUAAUUUGAACUUCAAUGUUUGCUGCAUUUGAACCUGCAAGGCAAAGUGUGACUAGAGCAAGAACCUUGAAAUUUUGACAUAUGAUAUUAUAUAGGAACAGAUAUUUAAAUAGUGAAAGCCAGGAAUAUUUAAAAUGGUGGUAUCCUAACAUGAUUCAUAAUACAAUUAGAUGAAAAAAGGUACAAGAAAUGUACCUUAUGUUCAUUUUGGGUCAAGUUGUGAUAAAUCUGAUAUCAAUAGUAUACUUACAUGAGAAUAAUCCAAAUGCUCUUUAAAUGUAAGAACCUAGACUAGAAAUCUAUUACACCUCUCUCCCAAGAUAGGAAGACAUUUUUCAUCCUAUGACAUGUACAAUGAUGUAAAUAUAUCAAUAUCUUAGACUGCUUCAAGUUUAAUGCAUGCAUCUCGUUACAACCAAAAAUAAAUGGAUUGAAGUUAUCAUCAUAAAGAAUUGUCUUUUAUUUUGUGUCUUUGGGAUAUAAAAGAAACAUGAAUAUAAUUAUAAGGUCUGGGGUUUGCAAUUAGAGGGAGAAAUUUUUGCUGCCUUCACCCUCCUGCAUGGAGAUUCGAAUAGCUUAUUUUAAAAUUUUAUAUGACAUACUACAGCAUUUUAAAUGAAAUACAGAUUAAAUAAUUUAUAUUUGCCACCUUUAAAUAUGCCCAUUUUCAUAACUAAUAUAUAAAAUAAUUGUACAGGUUUGCUGUUGUUUUUCCUUCCUCUUAAGAUGAUAGGUCAUAUAAUAAAAUGUAUUCUUUAUCUCAAGAUCUGCUUCUAGUGAUGUGAGUGCCUUGUGGGCAGACUUCUUGUCAUUUCUUCUUUCGGUCCUCAGCACCUAGCCUAGUGCCUGGCACAUGGUUGGUGCUCAUUAAAUGUAGUUCGAUGUGAAUUCACUCAUGGACUCUUGGUGAAUCUCUCUAUUUUGACUUGGAACCAAUGAUUUAUCUUGUGAUGUAGGCAUUUUCAAAGGAUACUAUAUCUUUAGCAAAUAAGCAGAAGGCUUCAGAGAACAGUAGGUAUUAUUGUUUAUUAUAAAAAUUUUAUUUUAAGUAAAAUAUAAACAGUGCUGUUUUUAAAAAGCAAUGUUAUGUCUACUGUUUGUGUAUAGAGAUGACUCUACUGGGCAUAAUUAAAGUUGUGUUUUUUAUAAUUUUCCCCCAGAAGUGGAGAUAAGCUGGCCCUGAUAAAUCCACAAUUCUAUAUAUAUGGAAAACACACACAAAAUUAAUAGUCGAUUUUUAUUCAGACUGUAGUAUUCUAUAAUAUUUUAACUAAAAUAAUGGAGAAGUUCAUAUAAGGAAAGUUCAAAAGUUCAUGAAAAAAAUCCAUUCUUUCAAUUCUAUUGUUUUUCACAAAUUUUUGAAGUCCCAUCAUACAAGGAUGAGAAAACAAAUUAAUGCUUUCAUGGAGAAGUAGCCUCUUUGGGUCACAUCAUCAUUAAAUGAAACUAUCAUCCUGGGUCUCAAAUAUUAGCAUUCAAAUCCCAUCUUCCUGCACUUAUACUACAGCUUUAUUUUUAGAAACUGGCAUCUGGCAGUUAUUCGUUAUGGCCAUCAUUGCUCUAUGUCAGAACUAAAGCAUUGCUAGCAUAGAUUUAAUACAAGAUCCUGAAACAGUACAGAAUGAGAAUGGUUUUGCGAAUGUAAUACCACUGAAGUCAUCACCAUGUCAUCUGGAUGAAUCUUGAAACACAUCUAGCUGUCGAUUUUACAAACCUUUUAAUAUACUAGUGCUCUAGCAUAUAACCUCAAAUAUAUGUAAAUAGAGCUCAUUAUUUUCUUGUUUGUUAACUGUCAAGAUAGUACAUGUUGACUCUGGGAGAGUUGCUGGCAAAUUUUAAUGGUGAGAAAUACAUUAUUAUUGUUCAUUCAAAAUGUGUCUUAUAAUAUGGACUCUUGCAAUGCUAGCUUUCCAAUGUGUGCUUAGUAUUGGCAAUACAAAUAACUAUUAUAUAUAACCUGACUAAUUAUCAGCUGUUUCCUGUCUAUGUAUUUGAAAACCGUUUCACAAAGGAAUUGCUUAAACUGUGGACUUUUACAAUAAAAAUGCUGCUUCACCAUA